AUGCGUCUUCCAUUUUCGCUCAAAAGAAGCACAAAGUCCAGCGACAACUUUGACCAGCUCGACUCAGGCACUUCAUCCGCUUCAGCCAGCACCAGCACCGACACGCUCUCUGCAACAACGCCCAGAACCAGAUCGCCGCUCUCUACACCGCCGCCGCCGCCUCAGUCGCGGCCCCGCAACCACUCAGCAGCCGCACACCCUAGUAUAGCAGCAACGCAGCGGCACUCGCAAGCACAGCGGCCGCACUCAGCGCUCUUAUCGCAACCAGGCUCGCCGCUCUACGCACUGUACCCGGGGCAGCUGGACGAGGACCUGGGCAUGAUCAUGGACGAUCUCGGGGUCCACGGCGACCAGCGCCAAGCAAUGCAGCAGCUACCACGCGAAAGCAAGCUCCAGAUCCUGCACACACACCGCAUCAAGCAAAACACGCCGGCCGCCGGGGCGGCAGCUCUUUCCGACCAUCUUGCGGCGCUAGCCCGCUGCACAACGCAGUCGUUGCCGCUUGCGAGGGUGGAGCGGUUGCGGCGGGAUAUUCUGUACCAAAGCGUCCAGCAGAUCAACGCCUUUGUGGCCGACGGGGGCUUGCGCCUGCUGCUGGCGCACUUGGCACAGUUGAACGAGCGCUCUAGGGCGGCACGGAGGGCGGACGAGUAUGCAAAGGAGCAUGAGAUUCUCAGGUGCAUUUGGGGCGCCGCCAAAGUGGACUCGGGCGCUCGGUGGCUUGUGGACAGCGGCUGCAGCCAGCUGAGGCCCGUGCUGAACUCGGUUGCCACUGCGUGGCCGCCAUGCGCCACCACAGCGCUGCGCAUUAUUGCCAGGCUGGUGCCUGAGUCCGACGCAGUGUUUGCCGCGCUUUUCCGCCGCCGAGACCCCCCCGCCGGCGACCUAAAGGGGCCUGGCAGCCAGCAGCAGCAGCAGCUGCCAUUCGACGAAUGGAUGGGUGCGCUUGAUCUGGAGAUCAGCGAGAUUAAGUUACAGACGGGCGUGCAUGCUGGGGAUUUGCUGGUUGCCAGCUUGGCGCUGCUCGAGGUUAUCCGCAAUUGCGUCUGCCGCGGAAUCGACCGCCGCGUCCGGCUGUAUGCGAAGCUGGCGGCGCACGACAUGCUCUGCAGGCUGGCGCUGCUGGGGCAGCAGCACCGCGGGGGCGGUGCGCCGGAGGUCUCUGCGCUGCUGGUGCGGUGGGAGGAGGCGGUGCAGAGGGAUUACAACGCUGCAAGGUCGGUGGUUGCGGCUGGGGAUCCGGUGGUUGUGCUGGAGGGCGCCGGGGACAGCCGCAUUCGGGACGUUGCUGCGUUCCGCACGUUUGUUGAGAACUACAGUGAUAUCCGGGCGGCAGUGGCCGAGGCGGAGGCGGAGGCGGAGGGGGGGUUGCAUAUGAGUAUGGCCACGCAGCCGGUGGCAGCCGCAGAUGAGGUUUCUGGGCUGGGCGUCCAGGGCAUUCCUGCUGCUGCUGCUGCGGUGUCUGUUGAUGCAGCGGCUGGUGCAGCGAAUCCAGCGGAUUUGGCUGCGCUGCUGGCUGGGCUCAGAGACGCGCACGCGGCGCUCAAGCACGCCAGCCUUGGGAUGCCACCUGGCCUGCCUGGGUGUGCCACGCCGGAUGCAGAGAAGGCGCGCAGAGAGCUCCAGAGCAUCGCUCGGCUGGCCGAGAACAUGCUGGCCACGAUUUGA